GAAAAGAAAAAGAAAGGUGAAUGCCAGUAAGAAUUUGACACUGAAAUGGCAGUAAUAAUUGCCUAGCCUAAUACGCACAACAACUUGUGGACACUGAAAUGAGAGCGGUGCAUUUAACACCGCAAAGAAGUAUAUUCCAAAGUAUUCCGGACCCCUGUGGGCUACUAUAAUGUGUUAUGGGUAGCAAAAGUCGUCAGCUUCACAUAUUCUUCUUCCCUUUGAUGGCCCAUGGCCACCUGAUACCAACGAUGGACAUGGCCAAGCUAUUCGCAGAGCGAGGUGUGAAGGCAACGAUUGUCACUACUCCUCGCAACGUGCCUAUAUUCUCCAAAACUCGCGGCACCAACGUUGAUAUCCAGAUCAUCAAGUUCCCGGCUGUAGAGGCUGGCCUGCCUGAAGGAUGUGAGAAUGUUGACUCAGUGACUUCCAAAGAUAUGUCUGGCAAAUUUAUCAAAGCCACUAAAAUGCUCCAACAACCACUUGAGCAACUACUAGAAGAGUACCAACCUGGUUGCCUUGUUGCCGACAUGUUCUUUCCAUGGGCAACUGAUGUUGCAGCUAAUUUUGGUAUUCCUAGGCUUGUUUUCUCGGUAACCAGUUUUUUUUCCCUGUCUUCACAACAUAGUUUGCAACUAUAUGAACCCCACAAGAAAGUUUUCUCUGAUUCUGAACCUUUUGUCAUUUCUAGCUUUCCAGGAGAGAUAAAGUUGACAAGGAUGCAACUUCCUGAUUUCUAUCUGCAAGAAGCUGAAACAGACUUUUACAAGUUGUUGAAAGAAGCUAUGGAGUCAGAGUUUACAAGCUAUGGGGUGGUUGUUAACAGCUUCUAUGAGCUUGAGCCGGCUUAUGCAGAUCAUUACAGGAAAGUUUUGGGAAUAAAGGCAUGGCAUAUAGGUCCAGUUUCACUAUGCAACAAGGAUGCUGAAGAUAAAGCCCAAAGGGGAAAGGAAGCUUCCAUUGAUGAACAUGAAUGUUUGAAGUGGCUUAGUACAAAGAAACUCAAUUCGGUUAUUUAUAUUUGUUUGGGGAGUAUGCCAAAUUUUAGUGAUUCUCAGCUUUUCGAACUUGCAAUGGGUCUUGAGGCUUCAGAACAACAAUUCAUUUGGGUUGUGAGGAAAGGAAAAAAUGAGAAACAAGAGGAAGAUUGGCUACCUAAAGGAUUUGAGAAAAGAAUGGAAGGUAAAGGAUUAAUUAUAAGAGGUUGGGCACCCCAAGUUUUGAUUCUUGAUCAUCAAGCAGUUGGAGGAUUUGUGACUCAUUGUGGGUGGAACUCGACCUUGGAAGGAGUGGCUUCAGGGGUGCCUAUGGUCACAUGGCCUAUGGCUUCUGAGCAGUUUUACAAUGAGAAGUUGAUAACUCAAGUACUGAAAAUUGGAAUUAGUGUUGGUGCUCAACAAUGGACUUGGGAGGUAGACGGUAUCAAGAGGGAAGCAAUAGAGAAGGCAAUGAGGCAAAUUUUGGUGGGUGAAGAAGCAGCCAGAGCCAAGGCACUUGGAGAGAUGGCAAGGAGGGCCGUUGAAGAAGGAGGAUCAUCAUACUCUGAUUUGAAUGCUUUAAUUGAAGAAAUAAGGUUGCGUUGCCCUUGAUCUCUGGCGCUAAAAAUUGCCAGUAUGGCUCUUUAAUCAAUAUAUAUAUAUAUAAAAAGAAGGAUUUAUUAUCCUUGUUGUUUAGUGUGUGUUAUUUUUACUCGCUUAGUUGUUCUUCAAUAAUUGUAGGACAUGGUCCUUGAAAUUUGGGAUCAAUAGUCCGAUCAAAAUUCAUAAUACUACAAUAAGUUGGAGGUAA